AUGGGCUAAUGAGACAUAUGACAGGCCCACAUAUGUUUAUCCAAUAACAGAGACAAAAUGCGAGGAAAUUAAUGGAUCUCCUUCUUCUCCAAAUUUCCAAUUUUUCCAUAUUGUUGGUUGAACAUAACAUCCUAAAGCUCUGUCAGUGAAAGGGGAAAAAUGGAUGACAUGAGCAGAUGGGUGUUCUUGUUAUUGCCGUUGAUGGUACUAUGUUGUUUAUUGGACAACGGACAAGCUAUAUGGUUGACUAUACCCUCCAAGGGAACAAAGUGUGUUUCUGAAGAACUUCACAAUAACGUCGUCGUUUUGGCUGAUUACUAUGCCAUCUCCGAUGAUCAUAAUCAUCCUUCCAGCCCCACCCUCUCCGUUAAGGUCUCAUCACCAUUUGGAAACACACUUCAUCACAAUGAAAACAUUACACAUGGUCAGUUUGCCUUCACAACAACUGAGGCAGGCAACUACCUAGCAUGUUUUUGGGUUGAAGAUGGUCAUAAUGCAGGAGGUGGGAGCAUAAGUGUUGGCCUUGACUGGAAAACAGGAAUUGCUGCCAAGGAUUGGGAAACGGUUGCCAGAAAGGAGAAGAUAGAGGGUAUUGAACUUGAGCUUAGAAAGCUUGAGGGAGCUGUGGAGGCCAUUCAUGAAAAUUUGAUUUACUUAAAGAGAAGGGAAGCUGAGAUGCGGUCAGUUAGUGAAACAACUAAUACGCGGGUGGCUAGCUUCAGUGUUGCAUCCUUGGGAGUCUGUGUUCUCGCGGCAGUUUUACAAAUAUUCUAUCUGAAGCGGUAUUUCCAAAAGAAGAAGCUAAUUUAGACUUCCAUUGAAAUCACAUUCUACAUGACAGAUAAAUCUUAGGACUAGCAUGAUUUGGGACUUUUUAUGAAGCAGAAUUUUUUUUUAACUAUGUGAUGUUAGUGGAUAUUGUAUCAGAUAAUGAAGGCCUUUUGAGUUAUACUCUUGAAUUACUUUCUGUUA